CACUAGAACCUUCGACAUUCCCGCUCAAUCCUGGGCAAGGUGUAUUCUGCGCUGAGGGGGGCUACGUGCGAACACGCAUCCUCCCACUACCAUGAACUGCCAUCAGCUCACUUUCACCUUUGUGUUGUGCAUAGUGAACUUCGAGAGGGCCUGGUGCUGCACCAGACCCGAGGCUACAGCGAAUGCCGGCGAAUUCUACUCAUCAGGAACAAUCAACGGAACAUUUCCCCGAGGGACGACUGUCACGUACGUGUGCGACCCAUUUUACCUUCUUCUGGGUGAGAAAAAUCGAACAUGCACCGCCGACGGGACGUGGCAUCCUCAUGGGACGCCGUACUGCCUUAAAGACGUCGCCAUAAACAAGAAAAUGUCAAUGUCCUCCACUGUGCGAAGUUCAAGCAUAAAGGGGACGGUCCGAUCCUGCGCCAUGACGGAAGUACAGCAUUCGCCAUGGUGGUUUGUUGACCUCGGAGGCCUCUUUCACGUCCAAGUAAUUAACGUUUCGUUGUACGUUCGAAACGCUGCUUCCGUCGUUGUGCAAUUUCGCGUUGGCCAGGACCAUCCAAACAAAUCCACGAACCCUCUCUGCAGCAUAUUGUACAACGUAGAAGCUCUAGACAAGCCCGUGUACUUCUCGUGCGUCCACGACGUGGUAGGGCGUUACGUUAGCGCUCAUGUUCAUAGCGCCUCUCCUGUGUCAUUAGGGGUCUGCAGUAUUUCAGUCUAUUCUGAUCAUUACGUACCACUUCACAUAAGAAGGGAACCUGUGACAUACUCCGAAGUCGGAGAUCACAAAAUAACCAUCCCUGCGGCUACUGGUAUCAUACUUGCUUUGUUUCUUGCCAUAUUACUCAUUAUUUGCGGAGUCGUGAAUGGAUUCCGCGCUUACCACGAUUAUCAUAGCGCGAAGAAGUCCGUGAGCCAGGCUUCCAGAACUGCUCCGUCCACAGAGGACUUAACGCCCAAUCUUUCUAAUCCUGACAAGGCAGUUGGAGCUGAGCUACGUUCAGUGGUGUACACGUCAUCGCUCUCGAAACGCGACGUCAAGACGAUGUGUCGAAAGAUUGGGCGGUCUGUUUUCACGAUAUCGGAGUCAGAGUUACGGAAUGUUCAAAUCGGACAUUACAAAGAAUCUCCUUUGCUGUAAUGCGCAUAUUCUGAGCGAAACUUCGGCAUUUCAUUAUACGUAGAUGACUUCUGAUAUAGCGGUGAAUAUAUCAAUAAAUAAAUAAAUGAAAAAUCUGAA